UCAGGUUUUCAUUUUAGAGGCAGACAGAAACAAAGUAAGAGACUUCACCUUCUUUCUUAUCCACCAUGUCCUACGUAGCCGGGUCAUACGCGGCUAAGUCUUACGCGGACAAAUCUUAUGCCGACCGCUCGUACGCUGACAAGUCGUACGCAGAGAGCGCUUAUGCGGGCUACGAUGAUGCAGCCAGGUCGGUAUAUGAACAGCAGCUUCUGAAGGAAAAGAAGAAACGUAAAGAGCAGAUGCACUGUGAAGUCGUUGCUCUCGUGAUUGGAUUCGUCGGGUUAAUCGGUGUCGCAGCUGUCACGGGUCUCCCCAUGUGGAAGGUGACUGCGUUCAUCCAGGAGAACAUCAUCGUUAUGGAGACGCGCUGGGAGGGUUUAUGGAUGAACUGUUUCCGCCAAGCCAACAUCCGCAUGCAGUGCAAAGUGUACGACUCCCUGCUCUACCUGCCUGCUGAGCUCCAGGCUGCCAGAGGCCUCAUGUGCACCGCCGUAGCUUUGACGACAAUCGCCUGUGUCGUCUCGACCGUGGGGAUGAGGUGCACACGGCUCGUGGACUCGCGUCCACGUGUCAAACACGUCGUCUUGGUGUGUGGUGGAUGUCUGUUCCUGGGAGGAUGUAUAGCCACCAUCAUUCCUGUCUCCUGGACGGCUAACGUCAUCAUCCGUGAUUUUUACAACCCCCUGCUACUUGACGCACAGCGGCGGGAGCUCGGUGAGGCGCUUUACAUCGGCUGGGUCGCGUCAGCAUUGUGUUUCAUCGCCGGGGUGAUACUUCUGUGCCGCCACGCACCAAGAAUAGAAGACAAAGAAGACAUUAGCUCUGUGUUGUACCGAGCCCAGUACACUCCAACCAACAUCUACCAACCUGGAUAUUCCUACCAACCUGCUUACAACUACCAACCUGCUUAUGCCUACCAACCACCGUCUCGUCCCUACGUACCGUCUGCUUACUAAAGAGCAGGAAUGAAAUUUUCUGUAGCUGUUUUGACCUCUUGUAAUGAAAUGUAAUGGAAAGUGUCAAUGUCCUGGACUCAUCAGUGUAUAUAAUGAAUCAUAGAUUUCCUUUACAAAUGUUACAAGAAGGCUUUUACAUUUGAUUUUGAUUUAAUUGUUUCAAUUGCUGUUUUAUAUAAUUUAGAAAUGAUUUUUUCCAAUGGAUUUGACUUUGCGUAAUGGACCGAACUGUAGCAACGAGCUCUCUGUGAUUGUUUUAGUUAAAGAACAAUUCAGCACUAGCUGUACAAAUUAAAAAAACAAAAAGACAUCUGGGACGAUUGGUCAUGUGACCUGCUAUGGACGUCGAACACACACUAUGAAGUAAACCAGCUCUUGAAAGCUCUUGUCAAAAUGCUAUAAUAAUUUUAAAUCUUUGAUUAAGUAUGUUUUGUUUUAUAUGUUUAGAUGUUGAAAAUAAAAUUAUUCAAUUGCAUAAAGAACGAAGAAUGUUA